CUAACUGAUAUUUUAUUGCAUCGUUAUCAUUUACUCUUUUUCUGUUGGCUCAAGUGAGUUCACACAAAACCCUUACAAUCUUGAUAAUCAAACAACACAUGCUUUGAGUAUAUUGAAUACAAGAUUCUCUGUGGAACAUUCAAAACCCUAUACAAUGACAACGUUUUCGUUGCUACCAUCACCUUCUUGUGCUUCUUUUCUGAGCAACAAGAAGAGUUCAAGAUUUUGCAGUCUUGCUUCCAUUCAGUCACGUAAAUCUAAUGUUAAAGUGUUGAGAGUUAGAGCUGUUAAAGAGAAAACUGAGGAAAUCAAAAGCUCUUCAAAGCAAUCUUCACCUGAAGAAGUAACCAAGAAGUAUGGUCUUGAAGCUGGUCUUUGGAAGAUUUUCAGUUCAAAGGAAGAAGGGGACCAACAGAAAUCAAAAGGUGAUCAAGCCAAGGAGUUGCUGGCAAAAUACGGAGGAGCAUACUUAGCCACCUCCAUUACUCUGUCAUUGAUCUCUUUCGCUCUUUGUUAUGUAUUAAUCAAUGCUGGAGUAGAUGUUCAAACUUUGCUUCAGAAGGUAGGAAUCAGUACUGAUGCAACCGGCGAAAAAGUCGGUACCUUUGCUUUGGCAUAUGCUGCACACAAAGCUGCAUCUCCAAUUAGGUUUCCACCUACGGUAGCUCUUACCCCAAUCGUAGCUGGAUGGAUUGGAAAGAAAGCUGAUAAAGAUAAGUAAGCUAAUAGUGGUAGCAGCAAAUACCAGUGUUUGAUUGUAGUAUAAUUCUACCUGUAAUCAUACUUUCAUCUCCAUUGCCAGAGGAAUAUUAUUUCCACCGUCGUGGACAUGUAAAUCCAUAUUAUUGUCAACAAUAGCUAAAGUCAUGUUAAAUAAUAAACAAUUUUUAUCUACUAA